CCAGACUGCGCCGCCAAAACAUCAUGUCAGCUUCAACCCCUCCCGAUCGCCAAUGGUGGAAAGAAGCAGUUGUCUACCAGAUCUACCCAGCCAGCUUUCUUGACUCCAAUGGCGACGGGCUGGGUGACUUGCCUGGCAUCAUCUCAAAGCUUGACUACAUUCGCUCCGUAGGCGCUUCAGCUAUUUGGUUGUCGCCUAUCUUCAAGAGUCCUCAGCUUGAUAUGGGAUAUGAUGUCUCAGACUAUCGCGACAUUCAUCGUCCGUAUGGUACCAUUGGAGAUGUUGAGACGCUAAUCUCAGGGUGCCAUGAGCGAGGUAUCAAGGUGCUACUUGACCUCGUGGUGAAUCAUACUAGCCAUGAGCAUGAAUGGUUUAAAGAGUCACGCUCCUCAAAAACAUCGCCGAAGAGAGACUGGUAUUUCUGGCGCGAUCCAAAAUUCGACGCUGACGGUAAUCGCAAACCGCCUAAUAAUUGGGCUUCCAUCUUUGGUGGUAGCGCCUGGACAUACGAUGAGACGACAGAGCAAUACUAUCUCUCACUCUUCCUGCCCGAGCAGCCUGAUCUCAACUGGGCCAGCGAUGACAUGCGCGAGGCAACAUACGACGAUAUGAAGUUCUGGCUCGACAAGGGCGCUGAUGGCUUCCGCAUUGACUCAAUGAACCUCAUGUCCAAGCACCCCGAUCUUCCCGACGCACCUAUCACUCGACCAGACGCCGAGUUCCAACCGGGCGAUAAGUACUUUGCUAGCGGGCCACGUAUGCACGAGUAUAUAAGAGAGAUGAGGGAGAAAGUCAUCGACAAGUAUGAUUGUAUGACCGUCGGAGAACUAGGCUUCACAAAGGAUGAGGAUAGUGUGGCUAGUUAUGUUGCCAAAGACAGGCAUGAGCUGAAUAUGUUGUUCACCGGAGAUAUUGUUGAUAUGGACUUUGGUCCAAAUCAUAAAUACGAACGUGAUGACUUCAGACUGUCCAAGCUCAAGGCCAUUACGAGUCGUUGGCAAGGGGCUAUGCCGAAAUUUGAUGGCUGGAACUCAGUUUACAUGGACAACCACGACUCUGGACGUUCUCUAUCACGCUAUGGAUCUGAUAAGCCCGAGUUCCGAAAGGAGGCUGCUAAGAUGCUGGCGAUUUACCUCGGAACACUCAGUGGAACGUUGUUCCUUCUCCAAGGUCAAGAAAUCGGCAUGGCUAAUGUGCCUGAGUCAUGGAAGAUCGAGGACUACAUCGAUGUUGAAGGCUUGAACUAUUACAACAGCGUGCUCAAGAAGAGAGGCCCCGGAGCUGAUAUGUCAGACAUCAUGAGGGAAAUGAGACUCAAGGCCAGAGACAACGGUCGAUUACCAAUGCAAUGGAACGCCGACACCAACGGAGGCUUCACCACCAGUGACAAGCCCUGGAUGCGCGUCAACGACGACUAUGAUGAAUGGAACGUUGCCCAGCAAGAAAAGGAUGAUGCUAGCGUGUUAGCUUUCUACAGACAGGUUCUUGAGCUGCGACAGAAGGAGAAGGAUGUCUUUGUUUAUGGACGGUUUGACAUUUUGGAUGAGUAUAAAGAUAGCGAGGAUGUUUUUGCGUAUACCAUGACGAGUUAUGAUGGGAGGAAAGCACUUGUUUUGUUGAGCUUUUCGGAGGAGGAGCAGAAGGUUAAGGUUAAGGGGGAUUGGGGGAGUAGGUUGCUUGGAGAUAAUGUGGAUACUUUUGAGAAUGGGAUUACGUUGAAAGGGUAUGAGGGAGCGGUGUAUGCUGGAUGGUGAUCCGGCCUUUUGUGUCUAGUUAUGGCCCCUUCAAAAUAAUGGAUCGAUGGGAGAAGUUGUACAUGAAACGGC